UGUGCUUUGUUGCGCGUCAAAUCGUUCCAUCUUGUAAAUCGAGUGUCCAGUCCGACGUAUCGCUGAUAAUGCGAAAUUAUUAAGAUAAUUCUACGUCACGGACGAAUGCUAAAUGAGAGGGAAAAUACAUUUCGACACACGCACGAUAUCGCGUGUAAAUACGAUAUGAUAUGAUAACAUUAUUCUGACCAUUUUCUAAUUUUCUGUGUACGCAAUAUUUGUGAAAAGCUGUGCUCCGUUCUUUCGCUGGCUGUUGUGUUUGCGUUGCAUUGUAAUUGACGUGUUUAAUCCAUAUGGGUCUCAACGAACUAGUGCAUUGGUAUCAAAAAAAGAUUGGAAUGUACGACAAGCAGCAAUGGGAGAGAACUAUAGAGCAACAUAUUCUUGUUGGGCUUACCCAUGUUCCAAUGAAAACAACGAAACUGAAGACAGAACUGAUUGACGUAGAUCUCGUUCGUGGAUCCUCAUUUCCAAAAGCCAAACCAAAACAUGGUUUGUUAACAGUAGCUUGCCUAGCAUUUCAACGACUCUUGUUCCUUCCAUUGUACAAAAAGUGGUGGAUACAGCAAACUAGUUGUCGUAUCUUUGUGCUUUUCUUGCUACUGUACAGCUUGCAAGCAAUCAACAUCUUUCUGUAUUACGUUUAUGGAAACAAAGAAAAUGAGACAGAAAUUGUGUCAAUGUCAGAAGUACUAGUACCUAUUGUUAUGAUGUUUAUUCUGUGCAUUGUUCAUUCCCAUAUUGUAUCAACACAUUCAGGUCCUAUUGUGACAUAUAAUCAAUCCAGGCAACGAAUAACAAGACGCUCGCGACAUGUUAGAAGUAGAAAUGGAAAGUCAAGGCCUAGACAAAAUUUACGUAUACAUAAGGAUUCAAAAUCCUCUCAAGAUAUAGCUUCUGAGAAAGUAAGUACAGGAAGCGAAGAAGUAUUAACUGCAGUAAGAUUUGCUAAGAAAGUAGUGAUCCAGAAUUCCUCGACUGUGAGCCAACCUCAGGAACCUGCAAAUGCUCAAGUAGUAUAUGAUAAAGAAUCAAUAAGUACAACUGGAGAAAAUUCUGACCCUGCAAACGAAAGUUCAACUAAUCGUGAACAGCAAGAUGAUACACCAGAAGAACAUGAAGCAAAUAUACAUCAAGAUGACGAUGGCUUUGAGAGUUUGAAUGGUAAUGUUUCCAGUGAUAACGACAAAGUAAUGGGACGUGCAUUGGUACGAAGAAAUAAAUCACAACUGGGUGUAGCGCAACAGAAUAAAGAUCACAUUUUGUGGUCAGAAGAUAGCAGUAACCAACAGCUUUUAUCAAAGAACUCAGCACCUGACCCAUUAAAAAAUGAUGACAAUUUUAUGGAUAACAAAAGCAAUAUUCAUGGCAAUAUUAAGGAUAAAAAUACGUCAUCAAAAAUAUUGGGAUCGAGAGAUACACGGCAGCAGUGCGAGAGCGAAGAAGAAGGCGAAUGUGAGGAAGCUACGACACAUCAUCUCACAGAGGCAACGACUUCUGCCACAGAAUGGAUGGGAGUGACAACCAACAGUGACGAAUGUAGUUACAGUUCAGAACUUGGGGAAUCUGACUUAACCAGUGAGACAAAUCUUAAUUAUGGAGAAUUUGUGGAACAUCCAUCUUCAUGGGAAUUUGAGUUACCACCUUCGAUAUUAUUUAAUUCCACUUGCACGUCAUCUGAUCGUGUUUCAUGUACGAUUUGGACACGGCGUGAUGUCAAAAAGGCUGAAUUAUCAGUGCUCGAUAUUAGCUCAGCGAUUAUUGCCAGAGUCGAAUCGAUGCCAGAGGGCAUGAAUUAUUUUUACAGCGGUCUGAUACUUAGCAUCGCACUAUGUCUAAUACCAUCGAUAAAACGGCUAAGUGAUCAUACAGGACCUGAUAACAUCGGUAACGCGUCUGUUAGUCUAUUGCCAAGCGAUAUAAUCCAGGCGAACUUGGAAACGUACACCGAUGUUUUGUGUAGAAUAAUUGGCAUAGCUUUCGGAAAUGCUUUUUGGGAACGAACAGUGAUAUUAAUUUCAACGUUCGAACGAUUUAUGCUAUCAUGCUGUUUAUUUUUUUUGCUGGCUGUAGCGGAACGAACGUACAAACAGAGGCUUUUAUAUGCAAAAUUAUUCUCUCACUUAACAUCAUCUAGACGCGCACGAAAGUCUGAUCUGCCGCACUUUCGUUUGAACAAAGUGCGCAACAUAAAAACAUGGUUAAGCGUUAGAUCUUACUUGAAACGAAGAGGCCCGCAACGAUCUGUAGACGUAAUUGUUUCAGCAGUAUUUAUUGUUACAUUAUUACUGUUGUCAUUCGUAAGUUUGGAAUUAAUUAAAGAUCUUGACAGUUUACACUCACGAUACAAUGUUGAGGCAUUAUUCUGGAGCUUUUCACUUGGAAUAUUUAUAUUACGAUUUAUGACGUUAGGAACAAAAAUUAACAAAAAGUACAGAAAUCUCUCAGUUUUAAUAACUGAACAGAUCAACUUAUAUUUGCAAAUUGAACAAAAACCACAUAAGAAGGAAGAACUUAUGGUUGCAAAUAGCGUAUUGAAACUGGCGGCCGACUUGAUAAAGGAACUAGAGAGUCCAUUCAAAAUCUCUGGACUUUCUGCCAAUCCGUAUCUAUACACCAUUACUAAAGUGGUGCUAUUAUCAGCACUCUCAGGAGUACUUUCGGAAUUGCUUGGCUUCAAGCUGAAGCUACAUAAAAUAAAAAUCAAAUAAAGCAAUAUGAGGUUUGAAAUAUGGAAAAAGGCACAAUUGAUCAUCAAUCUCGAAUCGUCUGCUGGAUUUAAACUGAAUCUGUCUUCAUUGAAAAUUGCUUGGCUUAAUUAUACUUAGUUAAUGUUAAGAUACACUUUAGUUUUAUCAAACUUCGAGACUGUAAGUAAACAAAACCUUAUUUAGCUAGUCAAAUUACUGACAAUUUAACAUAAUACUCAAUAUAUUCAGAAUUUAAAAAAAUAUAUAAUAACGGAAUUUAUAUAAUUUUCAUUUAAAAAAGAAAUUAAUGUUAAGUUUGUCGAAGAAUUGGAAAAAAAAGGUUAUGAGAAAUAAUUAGGCUUUUUAUUAGUAUUACUUAAUAGUUGAUUUAUUUCAAUUGAGUCUAAUGAAUUAUAAUUUUUCAAAGUUUAUUUACAUUGUUCUUUGCUAUACGACUACUUCAUUUGUGUUGGAAGAGAGUGCUGAAAUUACAUAUUAAUGGAAUAAUGAACAGAUUUCAUUAAACUGAUUUCAUGGUUGAUUAAUUUAGCAAUAAAAAAACUAUAAUAUGAAGGUGAAUUGAUAAUUAUUCAAGCGUAUUUAUAAAAUUUAUUAGAAUAACUACUGUAGAAAAUCCACAAGUACGUUAUAAUGCAGCCUGCAUAAUUUUUAUUAUUUGCUAUAGUAUUUCACAGGUUUGUACAUUAGAAAACAAGAAUAUCAUUCUGCGUAAUAAUUGUAGGUUUUCUACCGUACUUAUAAAUAAAAAUAUGUUAUAUUAUUUAUAGUAUAUAUUAUAUUUAUAAUAUAUAUUAUAUUUAUAAAUAUAUAUUAUAAUAUUUAUAAAUAUAUAUUAUUAUAAUAUUAUAUAAUUGUAUAUUAUAAUAUUAUAAUGUAAUAAUUGUCGACUCACCUUCACGUAUAGAUUAAAUUAUAAAUUAAAUUACUUAACGCACACAUUUGACAUAGCAAUACAUUUAUUGUAUGCUAACAGAGUAUUGACUAACCCAUGACUCUUUUUGAGUUAUUGCAUAUAUUUUAUUACUUUGUCACUGUUAGUCUAUUAUGUUUAGUAUAAAAGUUUUACACCUAAUGAAACGCGUAAAGUGUUUGGAAUCUUUUCAAUGUACAGUGUAAAUAUGGAAAAUUUAUAACAACAAUAAGGGCUUGACUGCAAGAAGGAUUUCCUUCAAGAGUGUUUUCUUUAAUUUUAAAUUAAAAUUCUGAUGUUUUCAGAAUGUUACAGUCAAAUUUUAUUAUUGUUAUAAAUGAGAAAUAUUCUAUUUUGUAUAUUAACUUGGAUCUGUUUCAUGACUACCAAUUCAGGUGGUAGUAUCUAUUCGGAUGAACGUAUUCGUCAAACUUUGUCAGUGAUAACUCACAAAGUUCAAUCAUUGUAUAUAAGGCUAUGUACGAGAGUUAAUAAUUAUUCGGAAUAUCUUUAUAAAAUUUAUUAAAGUAUCAAUAGAGAUUUAUAUUUAUAUUAGUUUUCAAUAUAGUCCCCUUGCUUUUUACUUUAUUUAAUUCAACAAUCUAUAAAUUUAUUUAUGUCCUCAGAUAUGGAGGGAGAAAUGUUUUAUUCACUUUCUUAGUUUCACUCUUUUCAGAUUUUAAUUCGAUAAUCAAACUAAUAGUAAUUCGAGGAAGUGAAUGAUCACUAUAUUUUCCAUUUAAACAUAGAGAUUGUCAAUUUGUUAUAAACAAAUAUUAUAACACUAUAAGCGUGUUGAAAAACGCGGGGAUUAUGAUGAAAAAUAAAUGUAAAUUAUAAAUCUUCAUUGAAGUCUUAACAAAUUUUAUAAAUACUUUCCUGACAAUUGUUCCAAUAUAAUUUGAAAACUUAUGAAAUACUUUCUCAGAUAUUGUAAGAUUUAAAAUGCGUGCAUAAUUAUAUGAUUCGAGAAUAUGCUCGAAAACGUAUGUAAAUAAUAUAUUACAAGAUAGAGUACAUAUGUUAUGAGGAAAAUAGUACCUGUGCGAUAAUAAAAUUGAAAAUUGUAAAUUAUUUUUCAAACACAUAUAAAUUUGUCGCAAAUAUAGAAGAAAUAAAAGCAA